AUGGCCUUAUCCGCACUCUCUCCUCCGCCACCAUCGCUCACCACCUACUCCGCUUCAGCUUCGCUCCCCGAACUUUUCCAUUCCACCGUCUCCAACUUAUCCUUUCCACCUACCCGUUACCCAAACAACGUCUCAACCAACACCUCUACCAAUUCCCGACCAGAUUACAGUAAGUGGAGAACCCACGUUUCAUUCUUCCCUGCUUUCUUCAACAACAAAACCAAGAAUGCAGAGUCCAUCAAACUACAGCUUCUUGAAGCGAUUGCACCCCUUGAUCGUGGUGCUGAAGCCACUCCUGAAGAUCAGCAAAGAGUUGAUCAGAUAGCUCGCAAACUUGAGGCAGUCAAUCCAACGAAGGAGCCACUGAAGUCUAGUUUGCUGAAUGGGAAAUGGGAACUCAUAUACACGACUUCGAAAUCAAUUUUGCAAACUCAGAGACCAAAGCUUCUGAGAUCCAGAACAAACUAUCAGGCAAUUGACUCGGAUAGACUUAGAGCUCAGAAUAUGGAAUCGUGGCCAUUCUUCAAUCAGGUUACAGCCGAUUUAAUUCCUUUGAGUGCAAGAAAGGUGGCUGUAAAAUUUGAUUAUUUCAAAAUUGGAGGGCUGAUACCGGUGAAAGCUCCGGAAAGAGCCCGAGGCGAGCUGGAAAUUACUUACCUGGAUGUAGAGUUAAGGGUAUCGAGAGGUGAUAAGGGGAACCUGUUUAUUCUCAAAAUGGUGGAUCCUUUAUAUGAAAUACCUUCCUAA